UUCUGAGGGGCAUUUGCAAGCUUCAUUUUAAAGUCUGAGAACCCAAAGAACGAAACUUGCUUUUGUGUCAUAGUUAUUGUGUUAUAUGUUAAGCAUUUGGAAGGGACCCCAGUGAGGCCUCAGGAAGCAGUUACUGCCUCUCUUAUCGUCCUGAAGGCGAUUUGUUUUAAAGUUGAUAAUCCCUAGGGCUGUGAGAGUGUCCCACAUCUGCCCUGAAUUGAAAACAGAUUCCCAUUUAGAGCCUUACAUCAGUGCUGCGGAUUCAUGCGAUCUGAGUCAGAGAGGAAGUCAGAGACCAUUUGAACGUAUGGCCAGCAGCUCACUUCAUGGAGGAACAAGAUUGCAGGGACGGUUCGCUGGGAAACAUCGAUGACCUGGCGCAGCAGUAUGCAGAUUAUUACAACACCUGUUUCUCCGACGUGUGCGAGAGGAUGGAGGAGCUGCGGAAACGGCGGGUUUCCCAGGACCUGGAUGUGGAGAAACCCGACGCUAGCCCCACGUCACUUCAGCUGCGGUCCCAGAUCGAAGAGUCGCUUGGCUUCUGUAGCGCCGUGUCAACACCAGAAGUGGAAAGAAAGAACCCUCUUCAUAAAUCAAACUCGGAAGACAAUUCUGUAGGAAAAGGAGACUGGAAGAAGAAAAAUAAGUAUUUCUGGCAGAACUUCCGAAAGAACCAGAAAGGAAUAAUGAGACAGACUUCAAAAGGAGAAGACGUUGGUUACGUUGCCAGUGAAAUAACAAUGAGCGAUGAGGAGCGGAUUCAGCUAAUGAUGAUGGUCAAGGAAAAGAUGAUCACGAUUGAGGAAGCACUUGCCAGGCUCAAGGAAUACGAGGCCCAGCACCGGCAGUCGGCUGCCCUGGACCCUGCCGACUGGCCAGAUGGUUCUUACCCAACAUUUGAUGGCUCGUUUCUUUGCCAGUCAAGAGAACAAUCGGAUGAUGAGUUUUUUUUUUUUUUUUUUUUUAAGAGGUUACACAAGCUGGUAAACUCCACUCGCAGAGUUUUUUUUUUUUUUUUUUUUUUGGAAGAAAUGAAAAAACCCAGCACUGAAGAUUCUGUUGAUUUCUUUUUUUUUUUUUUUUUUUUUGUGUUCGAGAAUUCCCCAGUCCUGGAUGAACGGUCCGUUUUUUUUUUUUUUUUUUUUUAGAAGCCUUUUUUCUUUGAUGGCUCUCCUGAGAAACCUUUUUUUUUUUUUUUUUUUUUUCUCACCACGUCUCCAUCCUCCAGCAGCCUGGACACCUUUUUUUUUUUUUUUUUUUUUGUCAAAACCUUCAGCAAAGGAGAGAGUCGGGGCCUGAUUUUUUUUUUUUUUUUUUUUUGGACAUUCUUCUCCUACCCAGAAGAAGAAAAGGCCCAUUUUUUUUUUUUUUUUUUUUUCGAGGGGGAGAUGAAGAAGAGUCUCGGGUCCCUGAGCUUUUUUUUUUUUUUUUUUUUUGUUUGCUUCUAUGACAACCACCGUCGCAGAGCUUUUCUCUGCCAGCGUCCCUCCAGAAAAGGCAUCACCAGCACCACCUGUGACCUGCAGCUGCUCCGGCAGAAAGAGGAAGUGGGCCGCCACGGUCGACCGCUGUACUAA